AUUUUCGGCACACGCUCUCAAGUAAAAAGCUACUAGGUUAAAGUUUAACUAAACAACGUUCUGUUUACCUAUUAUGAAAUAUAAUUUUUGAUAUUUAUUACUUAUCGAUAUUCGCUUAUUUAUUUGUAUUAUAUUAUACACAUAAAUUAACUUUGAGGGAGAGUUACCAACUAGCCCAACAUCAAAUUUCCAUUGAAUUUUAUUAGGCAUUUAUCAUAAGAAUUAUGCAUAAACAUCAAACAAAUAAAUUAUUGAAUAUGCAAAUAGAAGUAAAUUUAAAAUAUUAGAAUAUACAGAGUAAACCAAAUAUUAAAUACAACAAUAAUAAUAACAGCGGAGAAACAUACAAGAUGAAACUGGUCAAAUUUCUACUGUUAUGUUCUUUUCCUAUUGUCUGGACCGAAAAAUCUGUAGACACAAGACCUGUUUGGAAGAUUGCAGCAUCAUACUUUGCAUUCGCAAUGAAUAUGAGUUGUGAAGAGGAAUACUUCUAUAAUUUCAAACAAAAGUCGGAAAUUUUUUAUAAGGUUCUGAAAUUUAGAUGUGAAAUGCCAACAUUUCCAGUUCCUCUUGCAUUUUUAAAAUCACGUAUUAAAGGAGGUAAACAAUUUCAGAUUUUCCAAGUGAAGGCAAAGGUAUUUUCUUUAUUUUUUCAUUUAACAGAUAUGUUUUUAGUUUCUUUUACAUAAACUUUAUCAGACGGCAUUCAAACAACAGGAGAAUAAAAACUAUUUUAAAUCCUUUCUUUCUCUCUGUCUACACGAAACCUCUUACAUACGACUGUAAUGGGAAGCCCCAAUCCCGAGAUAUCUCGGGAAAGUUACAUAGCGUUACAUAAAACGCGGUCCUUAGUUUUAAUUUUUGGAAUGUUU